UAACCUCCGGCUUGGUCCUGUUUCUUUCUUGCUUUCAUUUUUUUUUUUUGAAUUCUGUGCUGGUGAGCGGGUCCCAUCUCUGGAGCAACUUUCAACCUCGAAUUGUUUGUUCUGUGGUUCUUCUAUUUUGUUUUAAAUGGGAUCUCAGUGUGACAAGAGGCGCCCACUAUCUUUUUCCCAAGCAUGUUCGAAGUCCCCGCCAUCAGCUGUCGCCUUGCGCAGGCUGCUCAUUCUGUACGAGCCGCCAUGCGUUCCCUCGCGAAUGGACGGGAGUCCCAGGACUCGUCGCAGAAAGCCCUCUUGGUUAUGAGCGAGAUACUCGACCUCCUUCACCAAGUUCAUGGGCAGGUCACUUGGGGUGAAAAUGAAUGGAUCGUCACGCAGACCCGACUGGGGGUCUUUCAGGAGCUUCUUUGUGCAUUCGAGAUCACCAUCACUGCGAUUGAGACCAACUUUCAGCCCGGAGGAGUGGGAAGUCGCGUUUACAGGAAAGGUUUACUGGAACAGACGUUCAUCCCGCGGUUAGAACAGUACAAAUUCGCGUUCCUUGUGGCAAUCCAGCCAGACUCCCGGUAUUGUCGGACCCCAUCAAGAUUGCCCCGUAAGGGUAACUUACUUCUUCUGCCUGGACCUCACUAAACUUCAUAUAGUGAGAGGUCUGCCAGUGAACAGCAGGUACGGAGUAAUAUCCGUGCAUGUCGCGACUUAGAGCCUGGGCGAUUUAGGUACAGUCCUUUGAGCGACGACGACUUUCACACCAUAACCAGCCCAGUGACGUCCAAAAAUCUCAUGAAACUCA